AUGACAACGAAUUUUGGUCCAGAUAAAAGUUUUUUACACAAAGUGGGUCCGGUGGAGCAUUUUUCUGCAUCACUGUUCUCAAGGGGUGGCUUAUGGUAUAACGGGACAAUUGAUAUUGAAAAGUUUGCUUUGGCAGUUAAAGAAUCAUUAAAAGAUUUUUAUUUUAUACAUUCAACAUUGCACAAAGAUGAGGGAGGUGAAAUUUACGCAAGCUAUUCAGAGAAUGAAAACUUUGAGCAUUUAGAAAUAGAAGAAAGAGAAGAGUCAAUUAAAAAUGCAACUUUGGAACUUAUAUUACCAAAAAAAAAUAUCAGUCUGGAUCAACAGAUGGGUUUUUCCAAAGAUUUAAAUGGGCAAGUUAUGGGGGUCCUUAAAUUAACUAAAUAUACUGAUGGUUUUGUAAUCGGUUACAAUUUCAGUCAUACUCUUUUUGAUCAAGGUUCCAUGGUAUACUAUUUUAAGUAUCUUGCAAAUAUCUAUAACGGUCGACCUGGGUUAAAGAAACCACAAAUCGUUGAUAUCCUUUCUUUAGGGCAUAAUAUUCCUCUUUUUAAAGAUAUUAACGAAGUCCGUGAGUAUGGCUCAAAGGUGUUAAGAUAUAUUUAUAAACCUAUUUCUGCCCACACAGCACCUGCUCCAAACCUAAAUAUUAUCGUGCAAAUAAAGCUUGACAUUGACGAAAUAGACAAACUCAAAAGUACAUCUCCCCAAUAUCUUUCAAGAAAUGACUUAAUUGGUGGUAUUUUAAUCAAGAUAUACAAUUUUUCAAACAAAGAAGAAAAUUUUACCUAUGGUUAUGUAUGCAAUAUAAGAAAAUAUCUAGGUGUAGGUGAAGAGGCCAUAAGUAAUUUAAUUCAUCAACGCCGUAUGACUAUUGAUGCUAAAGAUAUCAUAAAAAAUAAUACAGUUGAAUUAGCACAACUAGUUCGUAAAAAUUGUUCAGAGAUUACAAUAGAAGGUUAUACAAAGUAUGUAGCUUGGUGUAAAUAUCUAAAAGAUGAAAAACAAAACAUGGCAGAGUACUUUAAUAAUCCUACACAUGGUAUGACUCGUACAUCUAACUGGACCAGUUUCGACUAUGACAGUAUUAGCUUUGAUAACUCUGCCCCAAUUUCACUCAGACACUACACAGCAGCAUUCUAUGGUGUCAAUAUUAUUUCAUUCGAUACUGAUGAAAAUGGCAAAAAAUAUUAUACAACUCAAAUAUCAAUUCCUUCAAACGAUUUAGAAAAAGUUAAAGAAUAUGGUGAAGUGUCAAAAUUAUAUUCAAUAGACAAAGACUAUAAGCUUUAA